CAUGCUAAGAGUUCCAAAACCCUCCUUUGCUCGCCAACUUUAAUGCAUGCCAAGAAUUCCAAAACCCUCCCAAGAGACUCAAACAAACAUGUUCAUAAAACACCUUGUAUUUUCUCUGUUUCUGGUCCUGUUUGUUUCACCGAGAUUCUUGGUGGUCUUGGCAGAAAACAGGACGAAUAUAACCCCAGUAAAGGUGGGUGUAAUUCUCAAUUUAGACACAUGGAUUGGGAAGAUGAGAUUUAGCUGUUUCAACAUGGCCCUCUCCGACUUCUAUGCCUCUCAUUCUUACUACAAAACUCGCCUGCUCCUCCACACAAGGAACUCCAAUGGUGAUGGUGUUGCUGCUGCUGUUGCAGCUCUAGACCUAAUAAAGAAUGUUGAAGUGCAAACCAUCGUAGGGCCAGAAUAUUCAACGCUGGCCAACUUCGUAAUUGAUCUGGGAGACAAAGCUCAUGUGCCCAUCUUAUCAUUUUCUGCAACAAGCCCAACUCUGACAUCCCUCAUGAGUCCGUACUUCAUCCGAGUAGCUAAAAACGACUCAUCUCAAGUGAAAGCCAUCGGCGCUAUAGUUCAAGCCUUCGGAUGGAGAGAAGUGGUCCCCAUCUACGUGGACAAUGAAUUCGGGGAUGGAAUAAUUCCUUACCUGACCGAUGCCUUGCAACAAGUCGAUGCCCGCGUCCCCUACCGGAGUCUCAUUCCUCUAAAAGCCACCGAUGACCAAAUUGCUGCUGAGCUCUAUAAACUAAUGACAAUGCAGACAAGAGUGUUCAUUGUCCAUAUGUCGCCUACUCUUGGUUCUCGGCUCUUUAUAAAAGCUAAAGAGAUUGGGAUGAUGGAUAAAGGUUAUGUUUGGAUCAUGACAGAUGGGAUAACUAAUUUGAUAGAUUCGUUCAAUUCCUCAGUGAUUGAUUCCAUGCAAGGUGUAUUGGGUGUCAGGACUUAUGUUGCCAAUACCAAAGAGCUCGAAAAUUUUAGUAUUAGAUGGAAAACACAAUUUCGACAUGAUAACCCAUCCAUCCUCAAUGCUGAAUUGGAUGUUUCUGGGCUGUGGGCUUAUGACUCUGCUUUUGCAUUGGCUAUGGCCGUUGAGGAGAUUGGUAGUGGUGGUGGAAACUUCAGCUUUAAGCAUGUGAACGUUUCGGGUAGUUCCAGUAUUGACUUGGAAACAAUUGGGAUAAAUCAGAACGGUCCUGAACUUGCCCGAGCAUUAAAGAAUCUGAAGUUCAAGGGCCUUGCAGGUGAUUUCAGGCUUGUUGAUGGGCAAUUACAGUCAUCAAUUUUCGAGAUACUUAACGUGAAUGGCAGGGGAGAAAGAAGGAUAGGGUUUUGGACACAGAGAAAUGGACUCAGCAGAAGAAUCUUGGAUGAAACACAAAAUAGUACAAAAUAUUCCACUUCGAAUACCAGCCUUGGACCUAUUAUAUGGCCUGGAGAUUCUACAUAUGUUCCAAGAGGAUGGGAAAUUGCAACAAAAGGGGAAAAGUUGCGAAUAGGAGUUCCAGUGAAGGAUGGGUUUCGUGAAUUUGUGAAUGUGACAUUUGAUACAAGUACUAAUAAAACCAAGGAAGUCACUGGAUACAGCAUAGAUGUAUUUAAGGCUGUGUUGGAUGAACUACCUUACCUUGUUCCCUACGACUUCAUUCCCUUUGCAAUGCCAAAUGGCACAAGCUCUGGCACUUAUAAUGAUUUUGUCUAUCAAGUAUUUCUCCAGAACUUGGAUGCGGCGGUUGGGGACAUAACGAUUCGAGCAAACAGGUCAUUAUACGUGGAUUUUACAUUGCCUUACACAGAAUCAGGGGUGUCAAUGGUGGUGCCAAUCAAAGACGUUAGAAGAAAAGAUGCAUGGGUUUUCUUGAAGCCUCUCACUUGGGACCUUUGGGCGACAACCGGUUUUUUCUUUAUUUUCAUUGGUUUUGCCGUUUGGGUUCUUGAACAUCGGAUCAAUGAAGACUUUAGAGGGCCUCCACAUCAUCAAAUUGGUACAAGCUUCUGGUUCUCCUUCUCAACUAUGGUUUUUGCACACAAGGAGCGAGUAGUUAGCAACCUGGCUAGGUUCGUGGUGAUAGUGUGGUGCUUUGUGGUGCUUAUUCUCACUCAGAGUUAUACAGCCAGCUUGACUUCACUCCUAACUGUACGACAGCUCCAACCUGCCGUUAAUGAUGUCAACCAGAUCCUUAAGAAUAGGCAGAACGUUGGGUAUCUAAAAGGAUCUUUUGUUCAUGGAAUUCUAAAACAACUGGGUUUCGAAGAUAACAAUCUCAAGACUUAUAACUCUCCAGAACAAUUAGAUGAACUUUUUGCAAAUAAGAGUGGAAAUGAUGGUAUAGUUGCUGCGUUUGAUGAAAGGCCCUCUUUGAAACCUUUUCUUGCAAGAUAUUGCUCCAAGUACACCAUGGUUGAGCCAACAUUUAAAGCAAAUGGGUUUGGCUUUGCCUUCCCAAAGGAUUCCCCUCUUGUUGGUGAUAUUUCAAGGGCAAUACUAAAAGUAACAGAGGGAAACAGGAUUAGGGAAAUCGAAAAUAAAUGGUUCAAGGCAGAAAGUGGUUGUCCAGACCCUAGCGACCGUGACGUGAUUUCUUCUCAAAGUCUUGGGCUUGAUAGCUUUUGGGGUCUCUUUCUCAUAGCUGGUGUUGUUUCCUCACUAGCUCUCCUUAUAUUUGCAGCAACGUUCCUUCACGAGAAUAGGCAUUUCUUGAGUGGCUCUGGACCUGAUCUAGGUGCCUCCAUGUGGAAAAGGAUCCAACUCAUUUUUGGAAUCUUCAACCAAAGGGACCUUAACUCCCAUACUUACAAAAGAAACGAAGCCCAAGAGAAAAGUGUGGUUGGUGGAUCCUCUCCCAACACAAAUUGCCCACCAAGUCCAUCAUGGUAUUCGUACCAUACUGAUCGAUCAAACGUUGGUGGGUCAGUUUCUCCUCAGCCUGGUCAUGGUCAUGGUUCGAUUGUUGAUAGUCCAAAUGGUGAUGAAGCAGCGAUGGAGAUUAUUAAUUUAUCAAGCGUUGAUGUUGGUCAUGAGCUUACUUUCCCAAGUCCAUCAGCCUAUCCGUACAACAGUACCACAGAGAAUCUAUCAAUGUUUGUCUUCCAAGAGCAUGAUGCAUGAUCAUGAUUUCAAUCGUAAUGGUCAAACAACUUGGACACUAGUAUUAGUGUUCGAUCAAUUAACUUACUUUUCCCAAUUUAAGAGAGACCAAUAAUAUAUGUAGCUCCUUAGACAGAUAGCUGGUGGUUAAAAAUAAAUAAAUAAAAUUCAAUUACUAUAUUUAUUUUUGUUUAUAUGUAAUAUAUAAUAAUUGUAAUCAUACAUAAUUUCGAGUUCUCCAUAAUCA